UACUUUAAAAUGUUUGCAACACUUAUCAGUACAAAAAGAGACUGGAAUUGGUACAUAUCUUACCUCAAGGUUAUUACAAAUCGUUCUUCUGGGAGAAUCUUUUGUUGAUGGAAGUUACACCAACUCUUCAUCAAUCAAUUUUCCAUUUUGUCGAAAAUGUAAGAGAAAGUUUCUUUCGUCACUCUAAAAUAUUCACGAAAUCGUUGGUCGUCUGCUUUCAAUUGAGGUAAUAGGUGAUGAUAUUCGCCAUAUGUAGCUCUCAACUAAUUAAUUUCAUGAACGUAACGUUUCUGUGGUUUUAAUUUAAAACUAACAUUUUCUGUAGCAAUAAGCAUACCCACCGCCUCAUCGCUACUCAGCUCCAUGCCUGCUGAGGUUGCGCAGUUCGUGCUUGUAAUCUGCCUCCACUGUGAGCCCCCACUUGAGACGAGAGUCGGCGCCGGUCGGCGCUGGUUAUCGGAAUCUGAAAACCUGCCUGCACUGUGCGCGUAUCUUAGGAGUGUCAUUCAGUUCAGGAGAAGAGUGAAAGGGAAGUAUGAGGAAGAAGAAAACAAUAGAUUAAAAGAGAAGAUAAAAAUUUUGGAAGCUAAAUUAAAAUCUGCAGAAAAGGAGAAACAUCACUUGAAAGAGAAAUGUGUACAAGUCCAGAAAAACAUUUCAAGUCUUUUCAAGACAGCUGUUACUGAAGUGAACAGAAAAAAGAGGACUAUAGAUGACCUUCGCACGCAAUUGGAGAACAGUGUCUUUCAUCGUAAUAAAAAACGAAGAACAUGUUCUCCUGUCCACGAGAAAACCAAAAAUGAAACAGUUAGACGUUCAGAUGCCAAGCAAAAGCAGUUUUCCGAUAGUGACGAUGUAUCUGUAAUAGAAGUGCGUGACCCUAACUCUUUAGAUAGUGUGAAUUGGAGUGAUGGUCCGGGCAAAGCUUCAGACAUGGAAAUGCAAGGCACUCAGAUUACAUCAAGUCAUUUAGUAAACCGUGCUGUUUCUACCAAUGCUCAUCAGUCAUACGGCUCUAAACGACAUGUCAAUCCUACGAAAAUCUCUUAUACAGUGUAUACUCAGAGACAACUUAACCGUACAACAGGCCAGAGAAAAGAUCAACAACAGAGCGUGGUAAACAAACCUGACUCUGUUGAAAGGAACAAAGAUGCAUCACCCAAACCACCCGUGAGCGAGUCAACGAGGCUUACCGAGUCAAAACAAGAUUAUGUGUCGGUUGGGAAAAAUCCUAGUUUUGAACGAGAUAAUUCCUGUAGAGAAAUCCACAAAGUUGAUAAGUCUGAGGAUAGUACUUUACAAAAAGAUGAAGAUUGUGUGGUACUGGAUACAGAGGAAGAAUCCUCAAGCACCUCAAAGACAUUUUCUUCGCAGAACUCAUGUUAUGAAACAUCUAAAAAUUGGGAGUCACAUGCCAGAAUUAAACGUGAUUACAAAGUGAACGACAUAACAUCAUUUCCAGCAGUUGACUUUGGGGGCAGGAGUAAAGCCAAAGUUGUUAAUGCAUCAUCAGGAAAUAAAUUCGUAUUUAGUAGUCCUGUCUGCAGUGUCAAUGAUAUCUGUAACAUGGGUCCGGCUGCAGGAAACUCUACUUUGAACAUGUUAAGUAUUGAUAAAGUUUCUUUCCCGGCUAGUAAACAACAAUCUCAUUUAGCAAAAGGCACCUUAAAGCCGGAACUGACUGGUGGUGUUGAAGGCAAGUCCUCUGAAACCUCUCAAAUUUCAGGUGUUCGCUGCAGUGUUGGUGAUAACUCCAAAGACGAACAUAAAUAUAACUUUGAUUUUCGAGAAAUCAAAAGUGCAGUGGAAUUAGUGAGUGGGCGAUGUGAAAAUUUAAGUAUUGUUUGCAAACGCGAGGUUGUCCCAUCGUCUUCGGAUUCUCAGAAAAAAAUUACCAUUUCAAAGAGGGAUGAAGAUACAUCAAAAGGCAGCCAGACUAUUAAAAAUGACCUUUGUUCUGCAGAAUCUUUGAACACUAAAUGUGUGAAUACUGAAAAGGAAGAUCAUUGUCUAGUUAGUGAAAUAAACCAAAAUGCUAAUGAAACAAAGCAAAUAAUUAUUUCUGGAAGAAGGAGAAAUCGGGUUUGUUUAGGUGACAGUUCUGAAAAACAAGUGACUGAUGCUGUGGAAUUUUCUGACACUCACAGUAUAAAAUCUGAAGCCAAGGAAGAUUCAUUAGAAACCACUCCAUCUCAAAAUCCUGAUACAACAAAGUAUGUGAAUUUUACUGGCAGGAGGAGAAAACCGGUAUGUUUAAGUGACAGUUUAGAACAGUCAAAUCCUGCUGCGGAGUCUUUCAACGUUCAUAGUUUAAAAUCUGAAAACAAGGAAGCUUUGUUAGAAAGUUCACCUUUUGAAAAUGAUGACACAGCAAAGUUCACAACCAUUUCUGUAACAAGAAGAAAACCGGUUUGUUUAGGAGACAGUUCGGAAGAAAAGUUUAAUGUUGCUGCUGAGUCCUUCAACAUUAACAAUAUAAAAUCUGAAGACAGUGAAACAUCUGUUGAAGGUACACUAUCUCGAAAUUCUGAUUUUAAAAAAUGUAUAACUUUUUCUGGUAGAAGGAGAAAACCAGUUUGUUUAGGAGACAGUGGUGAGAUACAGUUGAAUUUGGCUGCAGAGUCCGCCAAUGUUCACAGCAUAAAAUCUGAAGGUACAGAGUCUUCCAGUGAUCUUAGUGUAAAAUCUGAACCUAAAGAGGCCUUAUUAGAAAGUAAGCCAUCUCGAAAUACUGACGUAACAAAGCACACCACUGUUUUUGGGAAGAGAAGAAAGCCUGUUUUCUUAGGUGAUAGUUCAUUUGUGGUUGCAAACAUGCCUAAAAUUUGAGAUAUAGUGGUUUGUGACCCUUGUUGAUGUAGAAUAUGCAGGGGCUACUCAGAAUGAGAGUGAAUACUUUCUCUGUGGUUAAAAUUGCAAUGUGCCAAACAAAACAUAUCAGUACUUGCAUAAAGAAAGAAUUACAUGAAAUUUUUUUUUUAAUUUGGUUCACUUUUUUGCAGUUGUUAGACAAGAGGAAAUAGAAAACUACUUUGAUUGUCUGUUUUCAAUGUUUCAGGAACCAUCCUGGAAUCAAAGGAAUGAAUUAUAUUCUGAAAAUGUAUAGUCAUAUUCUAUACAAAGAUGUUCUAGUAGAAUGUAACUGAUUGUAUUCCAGAUGACUCUGGUUUGUAACCUUGUUCAGUCAUCUUUAUUUUGAUUUCCCAUGGUUUUCC